AUGUUUCCCUCGUCGGCGGCUAUGUUGAAGAAUCUACAGCAGAGCGCCAUGACCUCGCCGUCCUUCCUCAUGGAGAACCUCCUGCAGAGCAAGUCCCCCUCCGGGGCGGACCUCACGAGCCUGACCCUCAGCUGGGCCACGAGUCUCAUGGCCCGGCAGCGGGAGCGCGAGUCCGCCGUGGAGAACCUCACCCGCGGCCAACACUCGCCGGACGGCGACAGGAUCGGCAAGGCGCAGCUCCACAGAUCGGCCGAUCACCCCCACCAGCAGCACCUCCCACCGCAGAGGUCGAGGCUGGCCGAGGACUGCGAGAGGCUGUUGUACGGCCGGGACAACGAGGCCAGGAAUUUGGUGAUUGUGGAGAACAACGGGGAGAACACUGGGGAUGGGAGCUCGGCGCUGGACAGGCUCAGCGCGAUGGAGAGGCUGUCCGAGAGGAUCGAGACGAGGUCGGGCUCGGCGAUGGACUCGAACAACUCGAUGGACGACGAGCGCAACUCGGGGAACGAGAUGGACGGGGGGGUCGAGCGGGAGGAAGUUAGGGGGCCGCUGGUGCAGAGGUUCGAGUUCGUUGGGCGCCAGCCGCACCAAAUUUACGCGCAACAGAGUCAACUGGAGGACGGGGAGAGGCUGGACGGCAUCGGUGGCGGUAGAAUCAGCGAGGAGACCUGCAGCUGCGGGGACGAGGGGUGCAGCGGUGGGGUCGCGUGCAAGAGGAUCCAGGAGAAGGAGAAGCCGCAGCUCAAGUUUAGCGUCAACGCCAUACUCGGGGGCAAUCACGAUCGGCGGCCCAAUACUGACCACUUUCAAGGAAUACCAGCAGCCGCCCUGCCGGCCUUUCUGCACAACUUACAAAACUCGACGGGCUACAACAUAGCGAAACCAAUAGCGAGACCUGCGGCGUAUCACCCGCACCAUCCGCCUCAUCCGGGCCAUCAUCCGGCGCAGCAUCACCUGCCACCCAACGCCCAUCACACGUUGCAUCAACUACUGGGUUGUCGGACACCUUAUUUGACUGUAGCGAAUCCAGGAAACGGAAAUCCACAGCUGGGCGGUCCAGGCACAGGGGGUGGCUUCCCAGGCGCGAUACAGGGUAGCCUCGGGGAACUGGCGGGCAUGAGCCUGGGCUUCCCGUGGGCCGGCAGCGCCAGGGGCAAGCCUCGCCGGGGCAUGAUGCGCCGCGCCGUGUUCUCCGACCAGCAGAGGCGCGGCCUCGAGAAGAGGUUCCAGGUGCAGAAGUACAUCAGCAAACCCGAUCGCAAGAAACUCGCCGAGAAGCUCGGGCUCAAGGAUUCUCAGGUGAAAAUUUGGUUCCAAAAUAGACGGAUGAAGUGGCGCAACAGCAAGGAGCGCGAGCUGUUGGCGACGGGGGGCUCGCGCGAACAAACGUUGCCGAACAAGAACAAUCCGAAUCCAGACCUGAGCGACGCGGACGGUGAUAGGCAGCGAAUGGACCUGAGCGACGCGAGUCCGCUGACGAGUCCACUGAGGCCGGACGAGCACAGCGACAACGACGACGACGAGGAGAUCAAUGUCACGUGA